CGCUGCGGGGGCUUCCGCGCGGUCCUGGGCCUCCAGCGGAGAAAGAGUUAACCGGCCGGGACGAGGAGGAGCCCGAAGAGGAAGGAAGGAAAUUGCUGUCGUUCUGAAAGUUUUUUCCUUCCUCUGUUCUUUUCCCUGCAGAGGUGAGUGCCGGGAGGCGGCGGCGCUGACUCUCCGGAGCCUGGCUCCGCGCCUCUGCUCCCGGAGCUGCCGCCUGACUGGGGACAGGGACAACUGUCGCGCUCGAGCCUCCUCCGUAGACCCCUUCUGAGAAGGUGCCCCGAGCCAUGGAGGGCGCAGAGCUGGCCGGGAAGAUUCUUUCCACAUGGCUGACGCUGGUGCUCGGACUCAUCCUCCUGCCUUCGGCCUUCGGCGUGUCUUUGGGCAUCUCCGAGAUCUACAUGAAGAUCCUGGUGAAAAUCUUAGAGUGGGCCACAAUACGAAUUGAAAAAGGAGUCCCAAAGGAGUCUGUUCUUAAAAACUCAGCUCCUGUUGGUAUUAUCCAGAGAGAUGAGUCACCCAUGGAGAAAGGGCUGUCUGGUCUUCGAGGAAGGGACUUUGAGCUGUCUGACGUGUUUUAUUUCUCCAAGAAGGGAUUGGAAGCCAUUGUGGAAGAUGAAGUGACCCAGAGGUUCUCCUCAGAGGAGCUAGUGUCAUGGAAUCUCCUCACAAGGACCAAUGUAAAUUUCCACUACAUCAGUCUGCGGCUCACCAUGGUGUGGGGGCUGGGCGUCAUAGUACGCUACUGUGUCCUCCUACCUCUGAGGGUUACCUUGGCUUUCAUUGGGAUCACUCUGUUGGUUAUGGGAACUACACUGGUGGGGCAGCUGCCAGACAGCAGCCUCAAAAACUGGCUGAGUGAACUGGUCCACCUGACUUGCUGCCGGAUCUGUGUGCGAGCCCUCUCUGGUACCAUUCAUUAUCAUAACAAGCAGUAUAGACCCCAGAGGGGAGGCAUUUGUGUUGCCAACCAUACCUCCCCAAUAGAUGUUUUGAUCUUGACAACGGAUGGAUGCUAUGCUAUGGUUGGUCAGGUUCAUGGAGGAUUGAUGGGAAUUAUUCAGAGAGCUAUGGUCAAGGCUUGUCCACAUGUCUGGUUUGAACGCUCAGAAAUGAAGGAUCGGCACCUGGUUACUAAGAGAUUAAAAGAACACAUUGCUGAUAGGAAAAAAUUACCCAUAUUAAUCUUUCCUGAAGGAACUUGCAUCAACAACACUUCAGUCAUGAUGUUUAAAAAGGGAAGCUUUGAAAUUGGAGGAACCAUACAUCCAGUUGCAAUUAAGUAUAACCCUCAGUUUGGUGAUGCAUUUUGGAACAGUAGUAAAUACAACAUGGUGAGCUACCUGCUUCGAAUAAUGACCAGCUGGGCCAUCGUCUGUGACGUCUGGUACAUGCCCCCCAUGACCAGAGAGGAAGGAGAAGAUGCAGUCCAGUUUGCUAAUAGGGUUAGGUCUGCUAUUGCUGUACAAGGAGGAUUGACUGAGCUUCCUUGGGAUGGAGGGCUGAAGAGAGCAAAGGUGAAGGACACCUUUAGGGAGGAGCAACAGAAGAAUUACAGCAAGAUGAUCGUGGGCAACGGAUCUCUCAACUCGGAAUCGGACUGAAUACCACCCUGGAGAUAAAACCUGGCGUCCCAGAACUAGCCCUUAGAAGUGGAAUGUGGUUUUUUCGGGGAAGCAGGGGGAGAGGGUGUUGUUUUAUUUUAUUGUUUUUGUUUUUUUAUUGUUAAUCUUUUCUACAGGAUGAUUGUCUCUACCUCUUCAAGCCAGAGGCAGAACCCACCAGUGCCCCUUUUGGCUUUUGUUGUUGUUCUUGUAGCAUUAGCCUCGUGAAUUGUGAGGGAGUUCACUGAGUUUAAACAGAUUCUGCCUUUGGUAAAAUGAUUAUGUCAUUGUUGAUUGAAUGAAAUAUUUGUUCAGGAAAAAGUGCUUCUAGAACACUUUGGGGACUCAUUGUGUUUGGAACUUGUUGACAUGGUAAUUCUCAAAAAAUAACCCGAACUCUUUUUUUAUGAUUAGCUUUCUCACUCCCUUUCCUCCCACUCCCUUCGGUCACUUGAACUGCCUAUCACAGAUCCGUUCAAGGUUACUGUCGUGGCUGUGUUCUACUGAACACAAGGUGAAGGUUGUGUUGAAAAGAAAAAUGAAGGACGGUAUUUAGGAGAAAGGACGAAUUUGUGGCCACUUGAUCUGAAAGUCCACAGCAAAUGUAAAUAUUUUUUACUAGUGUGUUUGUUAGAAGAGAAAUACUAUUUGGUGAACUUUACCAAAGAAAAAUGAGUCCGAGUUACUGUGUGUGUGCAUUUAUAUGUAGGCAGAUUGCGAAUCAACACUUUUUAGCCAGCAACUGGUGAUAAGGUUUUUAGUUUUCCUCGUUUGUAUGCUAUAAAGAUCUGUACCUAAUGCCUCUCCCAUCUACUGAUUUGUUUGAUUUUGUAACGAAACACAUUUUAAAAUAGGAGGAGCCUUUAACAACAACAGAACAUCACACUGAGUGUCUUUAGCUGGAGUAUGAAUGGGAGAAGCGUGUGCAUAGCCCCUCACCCUCCACCUCUCUGUGGUUUAUUUCACAACUUUCCCAGUUUCUUCAACAGAAAAAUAAGUGGUAAAAUUACCUUUUGGAAACUGAGCCUUAAAUUUUUUAAAUGGGAAAAUAAGUAUUUCCCGACUCGCACAGCAUAAGCAGUGUCUGAUAGCAGUAUACCUUCUUCAACUCUGCGAGUGUUAUGUCUCUUCUGGUAACCACGUGCAGAAUGUGAAACUGUCUUACAGUGAAUAUAAAUAAAUUCUAUAUUUCUAAA